AUGUAUAAAAUUGGGACUUGUUUUGGAUGUCAAAAGUGUCUCUAUUGUGGGGUAAAUUUGAAAAUAGAAAUAUGUGAUUGUAAUAAAACAGCUAAGCCAUCCAGAAAAAACCGAACAGAUCUCGUUAAAAACGCAUUUACAAGAGUCUUUAACCCUAUUUCUAAUCCUAAACAAAUAGAUUUUAUAAAAAAUAAAAAUGAUAGCUUUGCUUAUGGAUUUGAUUUAGCAAAAGGCUUUCAAUUUUCAUUCUGUUCAACAUGUAAUAGUUCUUACCAACGUUUAUCUAAUAAAAAAUCUAAAUCUAAUAACUCUUCACAAAGAGUUCGUACAUCAGAAAAUGUGAUACAAUUAGAAGAAAACAUUGAAAUAAUUAAUGUUGAAUCUACUACUGAAAUUUCACAAGAAAGUACUACGUCAGAUGGGUCAACAUUUUACAAUAAAUCCAAACGUAGCAAUUCAGAAACUGAAAAUGAAGAUAGUACUGAAUUGGAAAUAGAAGUUAAUUACAAACUAUCUAUAAAAAAGGCAGACG